AACCCAACAAUAAUAUUCUCCUUCACACUCUUCUCCCUCCGCACCGGCACCACCCACAGCACCGUUAUACCUCUAACCUUCUUCACCCUUUCCUCAUCGAAAACGAACCAAAUCAUAUCAUGGAGAAACAAACCACCGAGAAAUCACGUCGGGAACGAAGGAAAGAAUCCCGCUUGGCGAAGAAUGCAUCAAAACACCAAUCCUGGCUCCUCCAUCACAAAUCUCGAGCUACGAAAAAAUGUGGCAAUAAUUCAGAGCUAGAAACUAAAAGCAAAUCCGACACAUCACGUAGUCCUAGUCCCAAGGAAACACAAGUUCAGAAGUUAGAAUCUAACUCUAGGAAACAUGAGACAGCUGAAGAACACACUGUGUCAGAGGAAAUUCGUGUCACUGGUGCAAAGAAAAUUAAGAGAAUGAAAAAGGGUUCUAACAAGAGUUCCGCAAAGAGUAUGGUGGAGAUGGUGAUGCAGGAUGUUUCUGCUGCUGCUGAAAAGGAUCUAGAGCUGGAAAGGAAGCUUUCCAAGAAGCUCAAGGUGAAGGUAGGAAAAUUGAGGGGGUUGGAUGAUGGGCUGAACAUAUUACUCGAAGGAAUGUCGUCUGCUUUUGAUUUCAUGGGAGAAGAGGAGGUUUCUGGUAGUGGUGAAUUGUCUGUGAAGAGAUUGAAGAAGAGCUCGUCGAGUAAGAAGGAUAAAUUGUCAAAGAAAAGGGUCAAAGCGGAAGUGAGGGACGAUGUAUUGGGGCAUGUAGAAGCUUCUAAUCGAGAGGUAGAAACUGAUGAUGUUCCUGAAAGUGUGCCUUUAAAAAAGAAGCAUAAGAAAAGGAAAUUGUCGGGUCAACCGCAGGAAGACAAUGUGGAGGAUGAAGCUGUUGGCAUGUCCAGCCCUGUGGAAUCUUGUGGAAUGGAGGAGAAUUUGGAGGAUGCUCCUGCUGAAGUUCCGGAAAAGAAAGCCAAAGAAAAAUAUAUAGCGCCUCAUUUGAGAGCUCGUGCUGGCAAUGAACCUGAAGAGCAUACUCAAAUUCGUAGACGUAUACGAGGCCUUCUUAACAGGCUUUCUGAAUCCAAUGUUGAGUCAAUAACUGGGGAAUUGUCCUUGAUCUUUCAGACUGUAGCUCGUAGUGUUGCUUCACAGAUCUUGACCCAGGAAAUUUUGGCAUCAUGUUCUGGUGGCCCCCGUGGCAAUCAACAGUAUGCUGCUGUUUUCGCUGCAUUCGUUGCUGGGAUGGCAUGUUUGGUCGGUGUUGACUUCAGUGCAAGGUUUAUGGCUUCCUUUGCAAAAUGCUUUGAGGAUGAGUACAAUAAAGAAGACAAUCUCUCCUUGCGGAAUCUUACUCUUCUCUUAUCCUAUUUAUGCAUAUUUGGAGUCUGUUCUAGUGAUUUAAUAUAUGACUUUCUAGACAUGCUGAGCAAGCGUUUAACUGAGAUGGAUGUCUCUAUCAUUCUGGCAUUAUUACAAUGUUGUGGUAUGAAAAUAAGGGCUGAUGAUCCAUCUUCCAUGAAAAAUUUCAUUCUUAGUGUUCAGAAUACAUCAAAUAAGUUGAAGGCUUCCUAUGGAGAUGACAAUGAAAAGAAAAACAGUAAAAGAAUGGAUUUCAUGCUUGAAAUCAUAUGUGACAUCAAGAACAACAAAAGAAAGCAAAAUGAGGACACUGCACAUCAAACGCGGAUUAAGAAGUGGUUACAGAAGUUAAGAGUUGAUGACAUUUUGAUUAGAGGUCUUAAAUGGAGCAAGUUACUUGAUCCUGACAAGAAGGGACAAUGGUGGUUGUCUGGAGAUUUGGCUUCUGCAACAGAUAAUGUUGAAGAAGUUGCCAACAGAAUAGACAAAGAUAUUCUUGAAACCCAACGAAUGCUGCAGCUCGCUGCUGCUCAAAAGAUGAACACAGAUGCCAGAAGGGCAAUCUUUUGUAUUAUAAUGAGCGGGGAGGAUUAUAUUGAUGCAUUUGAGAAGCUUUUAAGAUUGGAAUUGCCAGGCAAGCAGGAUAGAGAUAUCAUGCGGGUUCUUGUAGAGUGUUGCUUGCAAGAGAAAGUUUUCAACAAGUAUUAUACAGUGCUGGCUUCUAAGUUGUGCGAGCAUGACAAAAAUCACAAGUUCACUCUACAGGACCGGAGUACGGGACAGACGAUUGGAGCCGGAUCUGAAUCACAUGGUCUCUACUACCUUCAGCCUUCUACCUCUACCAUAUGUGCAUCUAUUGAGUCUCCUGGUUUAAUUCAUCGUCGCCUGGGUCAUCCAAGCUUGAAUAAAUUAAAGAAAAUGGUACCUCAUCUCUCACGGUUGGAGUCCUUAGAGUGUGAGUCGUGUCAAUUAGGGAAGCAUGUUAGAGCUUCUUUUCCUAAUAGUAUUAAUAGUCGAGCUAUGUCUCCUUUUGAUGUUAUUCAUUCUGAUGUUUGGGGUCCUAGUCGCGUUCCUUCUCUUUUAGGACAUAGGUAUUACGUCACCUUUAUUGAUGAUUUUUCUAGAUGUACUUGGAUAUUUUUAAUGAAAAAUCGUUCUGAGUUAUUCAAUAUUUUCCUAAGUUUCUAUUCGGAGAUCAAAACUCAAUUUGGCAAAGUAAUUCGGAUUUUACGAAGUGAUAAUGCUAAAGAAUAUUUUUCAGAUUGCUUCAAAUCAUUUAUGGCUUCCCAUGGCAUUCUACAUCAAUCUAGUUGCCCUCAUACACCUCAACAAAAUGGUGUAGCUGAGCGAAAACAUAGACAUAUUGUGGACACUGCUCGUACUCUUUUAUUGAAUGCCAAUGCACCCCCAAAGUUGUGGGGCGAUGCUGUCCUCACUGCAGGGUAUCUAAUAAAUCGAAUGCCAUCGUCUGUCUUGAAUGAUCAAGUACCUCAUUCCCUAUUAUACCCAUUGGAACCCCUUUACUCUGUUCAUCCUCGUGUCUUUGGUUGUACUUGUUUUGUCCAUGAUCUUUUCUCAGGACGUGAUAAGUUGUCUGCUCGGGCCAUCAAAUGUGUGUUCUUAGGAUACUCCCGUGUCCAAAAGGGGUACCGUUGUUACUCUCCUGCUACGCAUCGAUUUUACACCAGUGCAGAUGUCACUUUCUUUGAAGAUACACCAUAUUUUAUUGCCACAGAUGUUUCUCCGGUUGACUCAGAUCUCCUCUCUCAGGUAUUGCCUAUUCCUCAUUUUGAUCAUAGUGUGCCUCCUACCACACCUGCUACUUUAGAGGCACCAGAUCCUCCCGCACUACCAGGGUCUGACCAUCCUCUACACCGAUUUGGGAUAACCUAUGAGCGUCGAUCACAUACUGUUGUUCCUCCCAAUGAUUCUUCAAUUGAGCCAUGUGAUUCUACUCCUGCUUCAGUCUCCUCACCUACUCCGGCCCCACCUACCUCAGUUGACUUGCCCAUUGCUCUUCGUAAAGGUAGUCGUUCUACUUGUAAUCCUCAUCCUAUUUAUAACUUUCUUUCAUAUCAUCGUUUGUCUCCUACCUAUUAUGCUUUUGUCUCUGCUAUUUCCUCUAUUACCAUUCCCAAGACUGUACAGGAGGCCUUAACCCAUCCAGGAUGGCGUCAAGCAAUGAUUGAUGAGAUGACAGCUUUAGACUCCAAUCACACUUGGGUACUUGUCCCACCUCCGCCUGGAAAAUCUGUUGUUGGUUGUCGGUGGGUAUUUAAUGUUAAAGUGGGCCCUGAUGGACAGGUGGAUAGAUUGAAAGCUCGUCUUGUGGCUAAGGGAUACACGCAAGUAUAUGGUUUGGAUUACAGCGACACCUUCUCUCCAGUUGCGAAGAUGGCCUCAGUUCGUCUCUUCUUAGCUAUGGCUGCUAUGAGGCAUUGGCCUUUGUUUCAAUUAGACAUCAAAAAUGCCUUCUUACAUGGUGAUUUGGAGGAGGAGAUUUAUAUGGAUCAACCUCCUGGGUUUGUUGCUCAAGGGGGGUCUGGUCUUGUAUGUAAAUUACAAAAGUCCUUGUAUGGCCUCAAACAAUCACCUCGUGCUUGGUUUGGUCGGUUUAGCAAAGUUAUACAGGAAUUUGGAAUGAUCCGCUGCGAGACAGACCACUCUGUCUUCUUUAGACGCUCAUCGACACAUAGAUUUAUCUAUCUUGUUGUUUAUGUAGAUGAUAUUGUGAUUACAGGUGAUGAUCAGGAGGGCAUCAAGGCACUGAAGCAACACUUAUUUAAACACUUUCAAACUAAGGAUUUAGGUCCCCUACGUUAUUUCCUCGGGAUUGAGGUCGCUCAGUCAAAGUCCGGUAUUGCUAUUUCUCAGAGAAAAUAUGCCCUUGAUAUUCUAGAAGAGACCGGACUUACAGAUUGUAAGCCAGUUGACACUCCCAUGGAUCCCAAUGUGAAGCUUAUGCCUAAUCAGGGGGAGCCUUAUCCUGACCCAGGGAGAUAUCGGAGAUUAGUGGGAAAAUUGAAUUAUCUCACCAUGACCAGACCUGAUAUAUCUUUUCCUGUGAGUGUUGUAAGUCAGUUUCUUAACUCUCCCUGUGAGAGUCAUUGGCUUGCAGUUGUUCGAAUCCUUAGAUACAUCAAAAGAUCUCCAGGAAAAGGACUUGUUUACAAUGAUAGAGGACAUACAGACAUUGUUGGAUAUUCAGAUGCAGAUUGGGCAGGUGAUGCAAGUGAUAGACGAUCAACAUCAGGCUAUUGUGUCUUCAUGGGUGGUAAUCUUGUCUCAUGGAAGAGUAAAAAGCAAAGUGUUGUUGCACGAUCAAGUACAGAAGCAGAAUACUGUGCUAUGGCUCACACCACAUGUGAGCUCUUGUGGCUAAAAUUCUUAAUUCAAGAGUUGCAGUUUUGCAAGGUUGGUCAUAUGGAACUAGUUUGUAAUAACCAGUCAGCUUUAUACCUCUCCUCUAAUCCAGUUUUUCAUGAGAGAACAAAGCAUAUAGAGGUUGACUGCCAUUUCAUCAGAGAAAAGAUCCUCUUCGGUAUCAUCAAGACCUCCUCAGUUUGCUCCAAGGAUCAACUUGCAGAUAUCUUUACUAAAUCUUUACGAGGUCCUAGGAUAACAUAUAUAUGUAACAAGCUAGAUGCAUAUGAUAUAUAUGCUCCAGCAUGAGGGGGAGUGUUAAGAUAAU